GAGCGCUGUUCCCACCACGACAAACACGAGAGAGAGGGAGAGCUAGCGCUCCGCACUCCGCAGUUUCUGCCCCCGGUCGCCACGCCUCGCCGCACGGCUCCCGAGGCGCCGCACCACGGUCGCCGCCCCGGCCGCCGCCGCCGCCGUCGCCAUCGCCAUCCCCAUCCCCAUCGCCGCCGCCGAGACGACCGAUAUUGGAAGAGCACCGAGGGGUGUAACACCAGCCUGAGUUGCAUGGAGGGAUAAUGCCAGAGCUGCGAAGUGGUGCUUGGAGAGCUCGUCUGAGGUCCAACAAGGUUGACGACGUCCAGGCUGCAGACCCAGUUCGGAGUCCGGUGGUGCCAGCUCCACUGGGGAGGGCUGGAAGGUGCGGCGGUGCUGCAGCUGUCAGAGGUAACAAGGCAGCGGCAGAGAGAAGAGGGAGGCCUGCUUCAAAACAUAGAGGAAAGGGGCUCAGGGUUAUUGACUUGCAGACUGAUCUGCCUUGCAAGAACCUCCCUGAAGCUGUUGCUGGACAGGCAGGUUCUGGCAGAGGCCAGUAGGACCUUGGUUUGAACAAGGCAGCUGACCGGGCUGCCAGCUUGAGAAUGGAUGAUGAAAGGGUGGACAGAUUAGCAGUGGCUGAGGAUGAAGCCACGACAACGCCAGUGCCUGAGAGGGUUCAAGUAGGUAACUCCCCAGAAUAUGUAACUGAUAGGAAGUUAGGCAAAGGUGGGUUUGGUCAGGUCUAUGUUGGCAGAAGAGUAUCCGGUGGAUCUUCUCGUAUGGGUCCUGAUGCAUGCGAGGUUGCACUAAAAUUCGAGCAUCGAAGCAGUAAGGGAUGUAACUAUGGCCCCCCAUAUGAGUGGCAAGUUUAUCACGCUCUCAACGGUUGCUAUGGCAUACCAUCGGUCCACUACAAGGGUCGCCAUGGAGCCUACUACAUCCUUGUAAUGGAUAUGCUUGGUCCUAGCCUCUGGGAUAUUUGGAAUUCUUUAGGACAGGUGAUGUCUCCUCAUAUGGUUGCUUGCAUUGCUGUUGAGGCCAUAUCUAUUCUUGAGAAACUUCACUCAAAAGGCUUUGUACACGGUGAUGUGAAACCAGAAAACUUUUUGCUUGGUCAGCCUGGAUCAGCUGAUGAGAAGAAGCUUUUCCUGAUUGAUCUUGGUUUAGCAUCCAGGUGGAAAGAAGCAAACUCUGGUCAGCAUGUUGAAUAUGAUCAGAGGCCAGAUACCUUUAGGGGAACAGUUAGAUAUGCUAGUGUCCAUGCUCAUUUAGGUCGUACUGGUAGUAGGAGGGAUGAUUUGGAGUCACUUGCGUACACCCUUAUUUUUUUAAUAAGAGGAAGAUUGCCCUGGCAAGGCUAUCAGGGAGAUAACAAGAGUUUUCUUGUUUGUAAGAAGAAAAUGGCUACUUCUCCAGAGAUGCUGUGUUGUUUCUGUCCAGCUCCAUUCAAACAUUUCCUUCAUAUGAUCACUAAUAUGAAAUUUGAUGAAGAGCCAAAUUACCCAAAACUGAUUUCUCUUUUUGAUGGUUUGAUCGAAGGGCCGGCUUCAAGACCCAUCAGAAUUGAUGGAGCUCUAAAGGUCGGGCAGAAACGUGGAAGAAUGCUUGCAAAUCUCGAGGAUGAUGAACAACCUAAGAAGAAAGUUAGGUUGGGGAGCCCCGCAACUCAAUGGAUCUCAGUUUAUAAUUCUAGGCGCCCCAUGAAGCAGAGAUAUCAUUAUAAUGUAGCUGAUUCAAGGCUGCACCAGCAUAUAGAAAAAGGUAAUCAAGAUGGCUUGUACAUUAGCUGUGUGUCUUCUUCAGCAAAUUUUUGGGCUCUCAUCAUGGAUGCUGGGACUGGACUUUGGUCUCAAGUUUAUGAGCUCUCACAAGUGUUUCUGCACAAGGAAUGGAUCAUGGAGCAGUGGGAGAAGAGUUAUUAUAUAACAGCAAUAGCUGGAGCAAGCAAUGGAAGUUCAUUGGUUGUAAUGUCCAAAGGAACUCCUUACACACAGCAAUCGUACAAAGUCAGUGAAUCUUUUCCUUAUAAGUGGAUCAAUAAAAAGUGGAAAGAAGGUUUUCAUGUAACAUCUAUGGCUUCUGCUGGAAAAUGUUGGGGAGUUGUCAUGUCGAGGAAUGCAGGCUAUUCUAAUCAGAUUGUGGAGUUGGACUUUCUGUAUCCAAGUGAAGGAAUCCAUCGGCGGUGGGAGACUGGUUACAGAAUAACUUCGACUGCAGCUACACCUGACCAAGCUGCUUUUAUCUUUAGCAUACCAAAGAGGAAACCAAUGGACGAGACACAAGAAACCCUUCGAACUUCUGCCUUUCCCAGCAACCAUGUAAAGGAAAAAUGGGCGAAGAACUUAUACAUUGCCUCGAUCUGCUAUGGGCGAACCGUGUGUUGACUGCUGUAUCGAGGCUCCAAAGCGAAGACACUUCGAUUCCAGUGGAGCCAGAAGAGCUGCGAGAUGGAACAAACCUCCGUUGAUAGAUUGGGGUGCAAAAGGCGGGCAUUGGCCCCUUGCAGUAUCCUACUCUAAUUGUAAAGGAUCAUAUGCGAUGUUGUAUCAGAUGUGUACUUUGUCCAUAAGGUAAGGUCAUAUUUGUCAGAUGUGAUUUCUCUGCUUACUAGUA